AUGGCUUCCAAUAAGACCAUCAUUCUAGUCACCGUCGAUUCGCAAGAACUCUUAAAGGGUCCAAUAUCCGUGAUUCAAAUCGACGUGACGGACCAAAAAUCUAUCGGCGCGGCUAGACAGCAAAUCGAAAUUCAGUUUGGAAAGCUGGAUGUGCUGAUGAACAACGCCGGCGUUCUGAUUGCCAAUCGACCAAAUAACUGCUCUUCGUGGGACUUUGGAGACCAAUCUCUUUGGCCAGGUGAUGGUGACAGAAGCACUAGAGCCACUCUUGAAGAAGGCUCAGCGACCUCUCGACUGGACCCGGAAUACGAACACCGAAGCGUCCGCGGGGACUCUUACCGCAUAUCCAAGGCGGCGCUUAAUAUGUUGGCGGCUUGCCACCGAUUCAACUUUGCCGAGUGGGGUUGCAAGGUUCUCGCCUUCAACCCUGGCUGGUGCGUCACUAACUUGAUCCGAGAGAAGGGCCGCGAGAUGCGUCUCAAAGGGGGUGCUAGAGGCCCCAAGGAGCCAGCCGCAGCUCGGGCGGAUAUCGUCCUAGGGAAGAGGGAUGCUGACAUCGAGAAGAACGGGAUAGUGGAUCUUGACGGGGGUGUUUUGCCCUGGUAG